UUAACUAAUACCAGUUUCGAUAAAGUAUUCGCGCUGAACAGUUCGUACGACAGCGAUCUCCGGCUCUGACUUACCUACGCUACAUACAUACAUACUCGUACAUGCAUAAUAUGUGCAUAUGAGCGACUCUAAAGCGGACGUCUGAGCUAUUUUUUUUUGUUGUUUCCUGCAAUUUGGUGCUAGGCGGCGGUCCGUUUAUUUUUUCGUUCACUUUUUUGCAUAAAAAAAAUUUACCUUUAUUUGGUUUUCAACGUUGGGUCUAUGCUUCCGUGCGGUGCGACUACAAAUUGCGGUCAAAGUUGAUAGUCUUAUGAUUUUUUGUAAGAAAAAAUAACAAAACAAAACAAAAAAACUAUAUACAAACAUUACAACAAUAAAUGUGAACUUAAAACAACCGCAAAAGAACUAGGAAAAAAUUCGAAAAUACCCAAAUCGUUAAACGAAGAUAAUUUUGUGAUCGAAACUGAGAAUUUUCGAAUGUGAAAGGCUGAAUUUCUGUUCAUCAGUGUAUAAAUCAAAAUAGGAAAACAACAACAACGGCAGGCUGAGCAGAAAACCGCUGUUGUUGUCAUACAUAUACACGUACGCCACGGAUCCCAACAGCUCUAUCCCUCUAGCGAUUUGAAAGUGUUUUUGUAAAAAGCCGUCAAAAUUGGUCGCCUAACGAAAACUUCAUUUGUACUCAACGACUACAAGGACGACGACAUGGGUUUCAGUUCGCGCAUGGAUUGCUGCGGGCAAUUCGUUAAAUACAGUCUUUUCAUAUCGAAUUUAAUAAUAUUUAUUGGCGGCGCAACUGUAUUUACACUUACCUUAUGGACCUUGGUCGAUCGUAGUUUUAUGAACGAGCUAUUGGGCACGAAUCUAUUUUCGGGCGCUGUUUAUGUGUUGUUGGUGACAUCGGUUGCUAUUUGUUUACUCUCGUUUUUGGGUUGUGUUGGCGCGGGCAAAGAAGUCAAAUGUCUGCUGUUGACGUACUUCAUCAUUGUGGCGUUGGUCUUUGUAACAAUGCUAAUCGGUGGCAUACUGGGUUAUGUCUUCAGGGAACGUGUACAGCAGACAAUGCGACAGGAAAUGCGCGCCACAAUGCAACUCUAUGGCAGCCGACGUGAUGUCACCUUGGCUUGGGAUCAAACGCAGGAACGUUUACAGUGCUGUGGCGUAGACACUUGGCAUGACUGGAAUCGUUAUGGCCCCAUACCGGAAUCGUGUUGUCAAGAGUUGUUCGGUGGACAGCGCAAGGACUGCAGCAUUUUUCCAACAAUAACCAAUCUCUACAGUCAGGGUUGUUUGUAUGUAACGACCAAUUUUAUACGUGAUCAUGCGGCGUUAAUUGGUGGCACUUCCAUAGCGGUGGCCAUAUUAAUGAUAUUUGGCAUGAUCUUCUCAUGUCUGUUAUUCAAUAUGAUUGAAUAGUUAUGGUUAUGGAGAAGUUGCUGUGGCGGUAUGGAGAAGAACAAGCAUAGUUUAUAAAUAGUAUAAUAAAUAAUAAAAUGUUAUUAAUAAUAAUCAGCUGUAACUGAUUAGUAAUUUGAAAGCGCUUACACAUACACUUUUACAUAAACACACACACACAUACACCAAAGCGCACAUACAUAUUUAAAUAUUACACUUACAUACAUACAGCGAUUUAAUUACAUACAAAUAUAUAUAUAGCCACAUAAACACAUUAAACCCAAACUGCUUGAGAAAGUUGUUAACCUCACUACACUCAGAAAUGCUGCGCCUAAAAUCAUGCCUCAAAAAAUUCAUUGAGCGUGAAGAAAAACACAAAAUCUGUACGUAGCAUGCAGUGUAGUCAUUAGUUUUGUGAUGGUGUUUAGAAUAGGUCUAAAUAAAAUUAACUAUUAAAAAUGUACAAAAAUAUGGCAUGAAAAUCACAUUUUAACGCAAAUAAUACGCCUUACAUAUACAAAGCGCUCUUAGUAAAAUAAAUUCUAUAUUAUGUUUCGUAUAAGUAAGCAAUAUUUCUUUGUCGUCCCAUUUAUCACUCAGUCGUCCAUUUUUAUUGUAAAAUAUAUUUAAUUUUAAGUAAUUACAUUAACAAAUUGUGCUUAAUUGUUUAAUUUUGUCUACGAAAUUGUGCGAAAUCUAAACGCAACUGUAUCAAGAAAAGUAUUAUUUACGAAUUUGUAAGUGAAAAUAAAUAAUAUUAUAUAUGUUAAUUGG